AUGGAGGUCGCAUCGAGUGCAGCCGGGGUCAAGCCCUCCCCAAACAAGGCGUGCACCUGCUGCCGCGAGGCACACUCCGCCUGCGACUCGGAGCGGCCGUGCCGGCGGUGCGUGCGUCUGGGGCGGGCGCACCUGUGCAGCGACGUCCCGCCACGCAAGCGCGGCCGCCGGCCCAAGUACGACACCUCCGCCGACGCCACCAGCCCUGCCCGGCAGCCGCAGCAGCCGCGGGCGCCGCAGCCGCAGCCGCAGCCGAGCACCGAACUCCUCCGGGCCGGCUACGACCCGACCGAGGGCCAUUACCACCACCAUCACCACCACCCCGACUACUACGACGACGAUGGCGGCGAAGACGGCGACGAUGACGACGACCAGGACAGCGUCGACCACCUCCAGCAGCAGCAGCAACACCACCAUCGUGCCUACGUCGACGUCGACAUUGACCAACACCACGCCAACGCCAACCGGAAGAAGAAGGCGGCGACUACCAAGCGGCACAAGAAGUCGGGCGGCGCGAAGCCCAAGCUCAAGGUGGAGCCCGACACCACCACCACCACCACGACCACCACCACCGACGCCGCCGACCCAGCUUCAUCGUCGUCAUCGUCAUCGUCGUCAUCGCCGCCACUGGCUCCAGUGCCGACGACGGCGACGACGGCGGCGGCCGCUGGUGUGGACGGGCUGCGGCGGCAGGUGGAGCUGCUCGACGGCAAGUUCGAGCUGCUCACGCAGCUGCUCAAUUCGAUGGCGGGCGAGCUCAAGCAGCUGCGCCAGGCCAACGAGGCGCUGGCCUCGGCCGUGGCCCACACGCAGACCCACAUCCGCGACACCGACGUCGUGGUGGCCGACCUGCUGCGGGCCGACCGCGACCGACUCGCCGCCGACGAGCAGCGCGCGGCGGCCAAGGCCCAGGCCCGGGCCGCCAAGAAGCAGAAGAAGCGGCUCAAGGCGCAGCAGCGGCAGCGGCAGCGGAUCAUCGAAGAGGCCGACGCCGGCUUGAGCCCGGUCGCGUCAUCGCCGGCGUCGUCGACGUCGACGACGGCGAGCGGCAGCGGGUUCCACUCGCGUACGUCGUUCUCGUUCGAGCUGUCGCUGCUCCAGUCGGGCGUGUCGCCGGCCGUGGUGCUCGAGGCGCGGCAGCAGCUGCCCUGGCUGUGCCACUACGACAUCUCGCCCAACCGCUUCGCCAUCCUCGACUUCACCCAUCCGGUGUAUGUGUUGGAGAAGAUGACGAAUCUGGAGGUGCCCUCGCGUUUGUCGUAUGCCAAUGAGGCCUUCAUGCGCUUGUCUGGCUAUUCUUGGAGCGAGCUUAUCGGCAUGCCGUUCCCCAGUCUAUUCACCGGCCACGAACGCUAUCUCUCCCAAUUCACCAGUAUCCUCUACAACCAGCCGGCGAUGUCGGUGGGGAUCGUGUACACGUACUAUCCGCUGAUGCGCUGCAAGGACGGGUCGCUGGUGCGCCUGAACGACCGCGGCCAGUUCUUCUACAACCACCACGGCCAGGCCCAGUACUGCCUCAAGUGCAUCGACACCUGGGAGACCGGCGCCCACAUGCGCGAGGGCGAGGGCUUCGACCGCUGGAUUCCCCUGCGGCCGGCCCUGGUCGCGCCCUUCUACGAAGUCAAGCAGCCCACCGACGCCGACGGCGUCGAGGAGCCCGACGGGGCCGCGCCGCCGGUCGUGCUGCAGGACGAGCUGUCGCCGCAGCCCUCGAGCCCGUCGCCGGCCUCGAUGUCGGCCUCGGCGGCGCUGGCCUCGCUCCUGGCCUCGGCCGCGCCGUUCCCGCCCGUGCUGCCCCCGCCGGCCCCGCUCCCGUUUCCGCCGCUGCCGCGACCGCACAUGCUGGUGGGCUACGGGCCGCCGCCCGCCCAGUUCCCUACGCCGCAGCCCGCGCGGCAGUCGCCGCCAUUUUCCGGUGGUGGCGGCCGACCACCUUCGGCGCCGACCGCCACGACUAGCCCACCAGUGUGGCGAGGUUGA